AUGAUACAUACUGCUAGACGAUCUGUUCUAUCUUGCUCGAGUCAUAGCACAGGCCCACUUAUACUAUAUAGAAGACAAUCUACUGUUCCUUUGCUGACGAACGACUUGUAUAUAUCAAGAUCCAGAGCCAUCACAUCAAAGCGAGAAGAUGAUGUGAAACUCCAUUCAAAUACAUUCGAACCCAUACCCACAUUUCUACGAUCUAGAGUGAGAAGGGAUCUUGUUGGAAGGAUCGAUUUAAGUGCAAAAAUAGAUAAAGAAGACAAACAAUUCUUGAUGCAGAAAAUGAGCUCGCUACAAUCGUUCCUCAAACUAGAUUUCAACACAACCGAGUUAAUAUGCAUUGCCUAUGGAUCAACAAAUAUGGAAUUGAAGUUAAAGAAUAAUAUAAUGGAGACUGACACACUACGUAAAUUGGGGAAAACAAGGUUCAAGAUGAGUCUAUUCAAAAACACUAUUUUCAUUGAUGAUAGAUAUUUGACUGCUACGCCAAUGGAAUUAAGUUCAGAUCUAGACAUUUUCAAUAAUGAAGAAGUUAUUUAUGAGUUUCUAAAACUAAAUCAACUACACAGACACAGUUUACUUAACCGGGAAUUGUUGAUCAAUACAAAGCUACCGAGGAAAGACUAUGUGACAAAACGGCAAAUGCUUUGGAAACAGGCAGCCAUUGGCAGUUUCUAUACCAUGUUGGGAAUAGUGAUGGUCAAAUAUCGGGACGAAAAACUAUUGGACAAGUUGAUAAUAGACAAAAUAAUAAAUGGUAAAAGAGGUGUUAUUAAAAUAGUACAAAGAAAUCUAUAA